GCCAUCACACAGCCUUCUUAUGCUUUGGAACACCAGACAGCACUCCAGCACUCUGCUUGGGGGGCAUUCGAAACAGCACAAUCACUCAUAAAAGGCACAGAAAUGCAAAAAAAUAAUAAUAAUAACCAACUUGCCACUAAAUAGACCAUGAAAAGACAUUUGUGUGCAGUUUGAAAGUUCAGACAGGAAGGCAGGGCAUCAGCUUGCUCCACCUCGGCUGGGAAUGUGCAUCAGGCAGCUCAAGUUUUUCACCACGGCAUGUGUCUGUGAAUGACUGCAAAACACCCUCUCUCCCCAGCCUUCGUGUGUUUACCUGGGGAUGAUGUGGACCUGGGCACUGUGGCUGUUCCCUUUACUCUGCAAAUUCAGCCUGGCAGGAAAAAUUUAACUUGCACUUGGAGUCCAGGAGAGGAAACCAGUUAUACCCAGUACACAGUUAGGAGAACUUACUCUUACGGACAAAAGCAUGAUAAUUGUACAACCAAUAGUUCUACAAGUGAAAAUCGUGCUGCGUGCUCUUUUUUCCUUCCAAGAAUAACGAACCCAGAUAAUUGUACCAUUGAGGUGGAAGCUCAAAAUGCAGAUGGUGUAAUUACAUCUGAUAUGACAUAUUGGCACUUAGAGGGCAUAGCAAAAACUGAACCACCUGAGAUUUUCAGUGUGAAACCAGUUUGGGGCAUCAAACGAAUGAUUCAAAUUGAAUGGAUAAAGCCUGAAUUGGCGCCUGUUUCAUCUAACUUAAAAUACACACUUCAUUUCAGGACAGUCAAUAGUACCAGCUGGAUGGAAGUCAACUUCACUAAGAACCGGAGGGAUACAGACCAAACCCACAACCUCACGGGGCUGCAGGCUUUUACAGAAUAUGUCAUAGCUCUGCGAUGUGCAGUCGACGGGUCGAAGUUCUGGAGUGACUGGAGCCAAGAAAAAAUGGGAAUGACUGAGGAAGAAGCUCCAUGUGGCCUGGAACUGUGGAGAGUCCUGAAACCAGCUGAGGCGGAUGGAAGAAGGCCAGUGCAGUUGCUAUGGAAGAAGCCAAGAGGAGCCCCAGUCCUAGAGAAAACACUUGGCUACAACAUAUGGUACUUUCCGGAAAACAACACUAACCUCACAGAAACAAUAAACACCACUAACCAGCCGCUGGAACUGCAUCUGGGAGGCGAGAGCUAUUGGGUGUCUAUGAUUUCUUAUAAUUCCCUUGGAAAAUCUCCAGUGGCCACCCUGAGGAUUCCAGCUAUUCAGGAAAAGUCAUUUCGGUGCAUUGAGGUCAUGCAGGCCUGCCUUGCUGAGGACCGGCUAGUGGUGAAGUGGCAAAGCUGUGCUCUAGACGUGAACACUUGGAUGGUUGAAUGGUUUCCGGACAUGGACUCAGAGCCCCCCACCCUUUCCUGGGAACCUGUGUCUCAGGCCAAGAACUGGACGAUCCAUCAAGAUAAAUUAAAACCUUUCUGGUGCUAUAACAUCUCUGUGUAUCCAAUGUUGCACGACAAGGUUGGCGAGCCAUAUUCCAUCCAGGCUUAUGCCAAAGAAGGCGUUCCAUCAGAAGGUCCUGAGACCAAGGUGGAGAACAUUGGCGUGAAGACUGUCACAAUCAUGUGGAAGGAGAUUCCCAAGAGACAGAGAAAGGGUAUCAUCUGCAACUACACCAUCUUUUACCAAGCUGAAGGAGGAAAAGGAUUCUCCAAGACAGUCAACUCCAGCAUCUUGCAGUACAGCCUGGAGGCCCUGCAACGAAAGACCUCUUACACCGUUCAGGUCAUGGCCAGCACCAGUGCUGGGGGAACCAACGGGACCAGCAUAAAUUUCAAGACAUUGUCAUUCAGUGUCUUUGAGAUUAUCCUUAUAACGACUCUGAUUGCUGGAGGCCUUCUUCUUCUCAUCAUCCUGACAGCGGCAUAUGGUCUCAAAAAACCCAACAAAUUGGCUCACCUGUGUUGGCCCAGCGUUCCCAACCCUGCUGAAAGUAGUAUAGCCACUUGGCGUGGAGACGAUUUCAAGGCUAAGCUAAACCUGAAGGAGUCUGAUGACUCUGUGAACACAGAAAACAGGAUCUUAAAACCAUGUUCCACCCCCAGUGACAAGUUGGUUAUUGACAAGUUGGUGGUGAACUUUGGGACUUUUCUACAAGACAUUUCCACAGACAAAGCCAAAACGAGUCAGGAAAACAAUUUAGGAGGGGAAAAGAAUGAGUACGUGACCUACUUAGUCACACCUGACUGUCCCCUAGGGAAAAGUUUUGAGGAGCUCCUGGUUUCACCUGAGACUCCUCCCAGAAAAUCCCAAUGCCUGUGUUUGAGGAUGCCAGAAGGGAGCUGCCCGGAAGCGAAAGAGCAGCUUCUCUUUUCUGAUCAAAGUUUGGCACCAUGUCACCUGUGUGAGGAAGAAGCACCAAAUCCAUAUUUGAAAAAUUCGAUGACAACCAGGGAAUUUCUUGUGUCUAAAAAACUGCAGUAGCACACCAAGAGAGAAGUCUAAGUGCAACCAUGCCAUGAGACCCUCGGGGUCUCAGUGUGGAUGACUCUGGCCAGAGAUGAUGUCAAGACUCAGCAAGCCACGCGUUCUUGGCCCCUACACAUCCUGCCCAGGUUAAAGUCUUCCCCUGCCCCUCAGCUGCCAGUUGAACUUGGUUGGCACAGAUGUGACCUUGUGCUGGGAAGAAGGGACGGUGAUAAACCUGAGUUUUGUAAAGGAA